GUUCGGACCAAUCAGAAUCCGCGUUGUUCGUGAGUAGAAAGUUUCCAAGAUGGUGCUCGAAAGCACUAUGGUCUGUGUAGACAACAGUGAGUACAUGAGGAAUGGUGACUUCCUGCCCACCCGACUACAGGCACAGCAGGACGCUGUCAAUAUCGUUUGUCACUCAAAGACACGCAGCAAUCCCGAAAACAAUGUUGGACUCAUCACUAUGGCCAAUAACUGUGAGGUCCUGACUACUCUAACGCCAGACACCGGGCGCAUCCUCUCCAAACUGCACGCCGUUCAACCCCGCGGCAAGAUCAGCUUUUGUACUGGCAUCAGAGUAGCCCAUUUGGCACUGAAGCACAGACAGGGGAAGAACCACAAGAUGAGGAUCAUCGCUUUUGUCGGCAGCCCGGUGGAAGACAAUGAGAAAGAUCUGGUGAAACUUGCAAAGCGUCUGAAGAAAGAGAAGGUCAAUGUGGAUGUGAUUAACUUCGGAGAGGAGGAGGUGAACACUGAGAAGUUGACUGCGUUCGUAAACACUCUGAAUGGAAAGGAAGGAACAGGCUCUCAUCUUGUCACAGUGCCUCCUGGCCCCAGCCUGGCAGAUGCUCUGCUUUCCUCUCCUAUCCUGGCGGGCGAGGGUGGCACCAUGAUGGGCUUGGGAGCCAGCGACUUUGAGUUCGGAGUGGAUCCCAGCGCUGACCCUGAGCUUGCCCUGGCUCUGCGUGUCUCCAUGGAGGAACAGAGGCAGCGGCAGGAGGAGGAGGCUCGGAGAGCAGCUGCCCAAUCAGCUGCCGAAGCAGGAAUUACCUCUCCCACUGCUGACGAAUCAGAGGAAGCUCUCCUGAAGAUGUCCGUGUCUCAGCCUGAGACUGGUGUGACAUCACUGCCAGACUUCAGCAGCAUGACCGAGGAUGAGCAGAUUGCCUAUGCCAUGCAGAUGUCUCUGGCAGGAGGAGAAUUUGGUGAAUCGAUGGACACAGGAGCUCCGAUGGACACAGCCGAAUCGGCAAAGGAGGAGGAUGACUACGAUGUAAUGCAGGAUCCUGAAUUCCUCCAAAGUGUCCUAGAGAAUUUGCCUGGCGUGGACCCCAACAACGAGGCCAUUCGUAACGCCAUGGGCUCCUUAGCUUCUCAAAGUGGAACCAAGCCAGAUGGCAAAAAGGAUGAGGAGAAGAAAAAAUGAUCGCUAUACAAGAUCAUAGACAGGUCCUUUUGAUUAAAGAAAAAAUAAUAAUAAAAUUAAAAAAUGAAAAAAAAAAAAA